AUGGACACAACAUCCCCAUUCCCAACAUUUUCAGCUGUGGAUCUGACCAUAUCGCAUAUUGAAUGUCUUCCUAAUGAUAUUCUAGUGAAAUUUCAAGGCAGAAAUCACAGUGAGUGUGAGUUUGACUACCACAUACUGCAGAGGGAAAUACAGCAUACUCCAAAGUUAAAAAAUAAUGUGGACAUUGAUGAAUUUUGUUUAGUAGAAGAAAGAGCAUCAGGAGAAUGGCAGAGAGGAAAAGUUGUGGAAAAGAAAAAUGAGCUCUAUACAGUACUCCUCAUAGAUUGUGGAGAAGAGCUAAUUGUUGCUGACACACAGGUUGCUUCUGCCUGCGGCACGUUAUUUGAGCUACCACCACGGGUGGUAACUGGUGUUCUUGUCAACAUACUACCAAUUGGGGAAAAUUGGUCUCCGAAGGCUUUGAAUUAUUUCAAAUCAUUAGAAGGUUUACAAGUGAAAGGUUAUGUUCAAGCUAUUUUGCCUCUCCAAAUAUUUCUACUUGAGGUGCCAAAAAUUAUAUCCCAGGUUCUGGAACUACAGUUAGGAAGAUUUGUUGAUGGGGAUUCAUUUCGUCUUCUUGUGGAAAUGACAAAAGAAUUCCCACAAAAAGUGCCAGAGUUAAUGCAGCAUCAAACCCCUGAAUUAUCACAAAGCAGUGAUGGUACUUCACCUGAUAUUCGACAUGUUCUGGAAAAUUUGCAGCCAUCAUUGUUAGUAGGCAGUACUGAAAGUGUCAAGGUAUCAUCUGCGUUGAGCCCAAGUAAAUUUUAUUGUCAGUUAACUAAUAGGAUUCCAGAGUUAGAAAAUUUGACAGUAUGCAUGACUUUGCAUUAUGAUAUUACCAGCCAAGAAAGUUGGUGUGAUAAUUCUGGACUGCUGUGUGUUGCCAAAAGGAGAAAUGGACAGUGGCACAGAGGAGUCUUUCAGCAACUCUUGCCCAAUGAUCAAGUGAAAAUCUGGUUUAUGGAUUAUGGCAAUAGUGAGGCUAUACCUUCAACUCAUGUAAAGAAACUUAAACAGGAUUUUAUUUUAGCACCAUUAUUUUCGUUUCCAUGUUCUCUGACAUAUUCGCACAGUCCAGAUAGACAUGCAAGAAAACGUCAGCUGAGUGUAUUUAAACAAGCUUUGUUAGGACGGAUAGUGUAUGCACACAUUGAUUUGUACAAUAAAGAUGAACAUUUGUAUUAUGUGACAUUACAAACUCAAGAGUUCACAGUUAAUUCUAAGUGUCAGAAGAUGAUAGGAGCACAAGUCCUUUGUCCAGUGUCGGAUUCAAAAAUCUCUAAUGGGCAGAUGAACACUAGUUUCCCCCGUAUAUACAGCUUUACAGCUGAGAGUUUAAUAAAAAAUAUUGAAUGGCCAAUAGAGACUCCAAGUAGGAAAGACAUUUUGAAAGUAGGUUUUCCUAUUAGAACUGUGGAAAUGGAGAUAGAGGAUGCCUAUAUUGCUUUUGUAGCAUAUGUUUUAAAUCCAUCAAAUUUUUGGGUACGUACAAAUAAACAUCAGAAAGAAUUUCAAGAGAUAAUGAAAAAUAUAAACAAAUGUUAUGAUUUGUGUGAAAAUGAUGAAUUUAUUUUAAGAAAUCCAGAGCCUGGAUUACUUUGCUGUGCUCGAAAUAGCAAGGACAGACAUUUUUACAGAGCGGUCAUUACUGAAGUUAAUCAUUAUAAGAUUAAUGUUUACUUUUUGGAUUAUGGAAGUACCGAUUCCAUACCAUUUUUUGAUGUAAAAAUUUUGCUUCCAGACUUUUGUGAAUUGCCUGCUUUAGCCAUGUGCUGUUCUCUUGCGCACAUAUUUCCUGUUAAAGAUUUAUGGGUGAAGGCAGCAAUUGAUUAUUUUAAAAAAAUUGUCUUGAAUAAGGCAAUUUUGCUUCAAGUUAUAGCAAAAAAAGAUGACAAGUACACAGUAAAUAUUCAAAGUAUUGAAGCUUCAGAAGAUAUUAAUGUAAUUUCUCUUAUGUUACAAGCUGGGUAUGCAGAAUAUUGGGAUGUUGAACCAGAAUGUUGUUCAACAUCUGUAAAUGAAAAUUCAGUGUUAAAUUUAAAAUCUACAAACAAAGUUAACACUAAGAAAGUAUUGUCUACCCUUCUUGAAGGACCUAAACGUGGAAAGUACCAUUCAAAUAAAAUAAAGGGAAGUAACUUAAAUUUGGUGAAGUCCUCAGACACUAAUUCAUUAAAGUUAAAACAGCCUUUCAUCAUGUCAGUGAAACCAAAAUUAUCAUGGCCUUAUAAAAUACUUACGUUUAAGCCAGGAACAGUUCUUGAUGUUAAUUGUUCCUAUUGUUUUGGCCCAGGUGACUUUUCAUGCCAGCUCCAGUGUAAGUUGGAUGACCUCAAAUUACAAAUGGAACAAAUUCAGAGUUAUUAUAGCAUUCAUUCGGAUCCUUAUCAGUGGGGGGAGAUUGCUUGCAUAGCAAAAUAUUCCAAAGAUGGGAAGUGGUAUAGAGCUGCUAUUUUGGCUCAGAUAUCAGUAAAAGAACUCGAUGUAGUGUUUGUUGAUUAUGGUUUUCGGGAAAGAGUGUCAGUUAAAGAUCUUCGUGCUAUUAAUCCGUGUUUUCUUAUUUUAGAAGGCCAAGCCUUCAGAUGUAGUCUUAAUCACUUAGUUGACCCCUUUAGUUGUAAAUUACUUAGUUGGUCAAAAGAAGCAUGCAGAGACUUUGAGGAUUUUCUUUCUUCAUCUAGAGGAUUAUUGACUUGUGUCAUACAUGCCUUAGUUCUUAUAUACCCAAACAGUUUAUGUAAUUUAGUAGACUUAGAGUCUCCAUUUACUAGUGCUAAGGAACUUCUUAUAAAUCAUGGCUCUGCAAAAUACAUAUAUAGUACAGUAUCAAAACCAUUGCCAUCUUCAGUUAGUCUUCACAGUUACUGUUAUUCUCCCUUUAAUAUAAAAGUUGGAAGCGAGGAAGAAAUAUAUAUCUCUCACAUAUAUAGUCCUAAAAAGUUUUAUUGCCAGCUCAGUAGAAAUAAUCAAUAUCUAGAAAUGAUAGGGGAAAAAAUCACAGAGGUUAGUCAUCUCAAAAAUUUUUCAAAAUAUGAUUCUAGUAGAAUGAGAUUGUUCUUAUCUAAGUUUGCAGAAGAUGGUCUCUCUUACAGAGCUAUAGCAAUGCCAACAGAUUCACUCUCUGACUUUCUGGUUUAUUUUGUGGACUUUGGGAAUAGGAAAUUAGUAGAAGAAAGUAUGCUGAGGGCUAUUUCAGAUCAAUUCCCAGAGUUGUUGUUUACACCGAUGCAAGCUAUUAAGUGCUUUUUGUCAGAUCUUAGAGAUGUUGAUAUUCCAGCAGAAAUCAGUAGAUGGUUUGAAAGUAAUUUCUUGGGUAAACCAUUAAGGGCAAUAAUAUUGUCCCGGGAGUCAGAUGGCCAGCUUGGAGUUGAAUUGUAUGAUGGUUAUCAACAGAUAAAUCAGAAAAUUAAAAUGCUGCUUCAUUCAUAUGGUAAAAAUCUUUGUGACCGAGCACACUGUGUAGAAAAGGUUCAUAAAGUAAAUGAGAAUGAGAGACUUGUUAUUUCCAUGAAAGGCAGAACAGAAAACAGACAUCACCAUAAUGUGAUAAAUACUGUAGUCACAUGUUCAGAAAGAAAAAUAGAGCAAUUAAUAAAUUCCAAGAAUAUAUAUGCCAGACUUUUGAAACCACCUGUUUGCUAUAAAGUUGAGCCUAUGUCAAAAAGCAACAUGAAAUCUUUGACUGAUGGGCUUAAAAAUAAAUGUGUAAAGAUUGCUCCUGGACCUUCACAUAUUCUUGAUAAAAGUGAUGUGGACUUCAGAUCAUUAAGCGUUGCAUCACAGUCUAUUUUGAGAGAAUUAGAUCAAGCAACCUCAAAAAGCUCACCUACUUUUGAUAGGCCACAGAUUAAAGAUCUUCCUCAACCCCAGAUUUACUUGAAUGUCAGAGUUAAAGCUUAUGUUUCUAGUAUCAGCAAUCUGGCAAGUUUUUAUAUUCAGCUUGCUAAGAAUGAAGGUAUAAUCCUCAGACUGGCAGAUGCUCUAAAUGCAGUGAAAGAGAGAAGAGCAGUUAAGCCUUUGGUGGGAGAUCUUGUAGUUGCAGAAUACUCUGGAGAUAAUGCCAUUUACAGAGCAGUUAUUAAGAAAAUUUUGCCAGCAAAUUCCUUUGAAGUGGAAUUUAUUGACUAUGGUAACUCUUGCGUUGUAAACACAUCUAAAAUUUAUGAAAUAAAGAGAGAAUUCUUAAUGACUCCUCAGUUAGCAAUUCAUUCUUUUCUUAGUGGAGUGAAAUGGAAUGAGCCAAAUAAAGUAUGGGACAGAAAAACUGUGGAUUAUUUUGCUUCAAGAGUAAGUAAUAAAAUGGUUUUCUGUGAAUUUUUUAAAAAACAUGAACAGAAAUGGGAAUUAAACAUGGUUUGUAAUGAAAAAUGUGUCAUUGGUGAACUACUGAAAUGGACAGCAUGUUCAAAGCUGCAGAGAACAAUAUUGAAAAUGCCACAGUUUGUCUCUCAAAAGGUGGUCACUAGUGAAAAUAAUGAAGGAAAACUGAGAAGAUCAAAUAAAUAUAAAGAUUCUGUGAUCCUUCAACCGUCCUACCAACAUCUGGUUAAAAUUCCAUCUGAAGAAUUAAAACGAGGGCAACUCGAAAAGGCUGAAAUACUUCAUGUUUCAAAAGGUGGUACAUUUUAUGUGAGGUUAUCUAAAAAUAAGAAAAUAUUAACAGACUUAACAGUAUUAAUUGCUAAAGAAGUAGAAAACCCCACCUUUUUAUCAAAGGAAAAUGUUGAAAAGGACUUAGAAAUCUUGGUGAAAUCUAAGAGAACUUUUAAGUGGUAUCGAUCAAAAGUAGAAAAAAAAUGUCUUGAUGAAAAAAUACUUGUUUUUUUAGUUGACUGUGGUAGAUAUGAAAUAGUGCCAUUAUGUAAUACCAUGGUGCUUAGUAGUGAGAUGACAAAUAUUCCAAGACAAGCUGUGCCUUGCAAGUGGAUUUGGUUUGAAAAUUUUAAAACUGUGCCAUUUGAGUCUAUUGUGUGUUUGUGUGGUCAUUUGGAAAUCAGUAUUCUUUUCCUAAAGUACUUAGGUUAUGCCUGGGAAGUAGAAAUUUUAGUGGAUGGACUCAUACUUUUAGAAUAUUUAAAUUUAAAUAUAAAUAAUAUAGAAGAAAACAAGCUUAGAUCUUCAGAAAUUAUUUUCAGCCUUGAAUCAAAGACGUCAUAUACAGUAAGAUCAUUUACUUGGGCACAACUUCAAAAUGGUAGGCAAUAUUCUGGUAUUGCCACCACUGUUUGUGAUCCAUCAGACUUCUAUAUUCAGUUAGAAGAUUUCUUUGACACAAUGAAACAUCUCUUUAUGUUAUUAUCUGAUCUGCCAGAAAAUUUACAAACAUUACCUCAACAGAACAUAAUACCUGGUACCAGUUGUUUGUUCAGAUAUGAAUUGGAAGAUCAGUGGAAUAGAGUGGAAAUUUCUGAAGUCUUUGAUCAGUCUUUACGUCUUGUGUUGAUUGAUUAUGGAUUUUACAUUUGCAUAUCUUCUUUAGAUAUAAAAAAUCUUAAAGUUAUUCCUGAGGAACUUCUGAAUUUUCCAAGGCUAAGUUAUCCUUGUAUCUUGGAUGAUAUCUUGCCUGUCAAAGGGAAACAUUGGAAUGAAGAAGCCAAAAGUUUUGUUCAGGAUUUCUUAAGUAAACCGGGAUUAGUUUUUCAGUGUAGGGAGUAUAGUUUUGAAACAAAACUGAAAGUAGAUGUCAUUCAUAAGGGAAGAAAUUUGGCAGAUGUAUUGGUUGCAUCUGGUUUUGCAAUGUAUUCUAAAAAUUCAGGUUAUUGUGAUACAAUUACUACUUCUGCAAAUACUAAAAUACAGUAUAAAUUACAUAGUCAGCCUAUUGGCUCAUUGUUAGAAAAAAAUUGCUACAAAAGAGAAACCGUAAAUUGCUUAUGUGCUGAAAACCAAAAGCCAAGACAGCCAAAGUCUAUAAAGCAGAAAGAUAUCUUUAAGCACCUCUUAAGGAAAAGCCAUGCUAGUAAAAGAUUACAUUCUAGAAAUUUAACGCUGAGGAAUAAGGUUGAUAUUGAAAAACAUGCUCCCCAAAGUACUGUUACACUUGGUCCAUGUAUAGAAGCUUCAUCUUGGGAACUAUCUAAUGCUUUAAAGAAUAUGACCAAUAGCAUUGAAAGCACUUAUAAAAAAUGGCGAGCUAAAGGAAUACAGAAAAGUAGCUAUAAUCCAGGCCUUGAGGACAGCAGGAAGAAUAUGACAUGUUAA